AAAGCAAAUGCAGCUGUCAUUCGCCAUUGAAGCACAUCACGCAACAAUCAGAAUUCAUGUACCAUAUACACUUUUAAAAAAAUGUGCAGUAUUUUCAUUCAAUUUCUGAUUAUUUUUUCCUCCUUAGUGCUGUCUUAAAUGGCAAGAAAAGCAAAGACACCGAAGAAGUUUCCGCAAGAUGUGAGAUGGAGUUUUCGAUGUGGGGUUGUCUGCUUCUCGCUCUGUUCACGGCCAGCAUCGGCGUCGAGGGGAUUGAUCGCCGCGGCGCGCGUACGGAGAGAAUUUCAGGAAGUGCUGGUGAUGUUCUUGAUGAUAACCCUGUGGGAAAGUUGAAAGUUUACGUUUACGAGCUUCCAAGCAAAUACAACAAGAAGAUCCUGCAUAAAGAUCCGCGAUGUCUCACGCACAUGUUUGCUGCUGAGAUAUUUAUGCACCAGUUUCUCUUAACCAGUGCUGUUCGAACUCUGAAUCCGAAUGAAGCAGAUUGGUUCUACACACCUGUUUACUCAACUUGUGACCUGGCACCCAAUGGAUUGCCACUGCCUUUCAAAUCUCCAAGAAUGAUGAGGAGUGCGAUACAGCUCAUCUCGGCUAGAUGGCCUUACUGGAAUCGAACUGAAGGAGCUGAUCAUUUCUUUCUUGUUCCCCAUGAUUUUGGUGCCUGCUUCCAUUAUCAAGAAGAGAAAGCUAUAAAGAGGGGGAUCCUUCCAUUACUUCAACGUUCUACCUUGGUUCAAACUUUUGGACAACAAAACCAUGUCUGCUUAAAUGAUGGUUCGAUAACUAUACCUCCAUAUGCGCCUCCAGAGAAAAUUAUGUCCCACUUGAUUCCCCCCGACACGCCAAGAUCCAUCUUCGUCUAUUUCCGUGGUUUGUUUUAUGAUGUAAACAACGACCCUGAAGGUGGUUACUACGCUAGAGGUGCCCGGGCGUCCAUGUGGGAGAACUUCAAGAACAAUCCACUGUUCGACAUCUCCACAGACCACCCAACCACAUACUACGAAGACAUGCAGCGGGCCGUAUUCUGUUUAUGCCCUCUGGGUUGGGCUCCGUGGAGCCCCAGACUCGUGGAAGCUGUGAUCUUUGGUUGCAUUCCGGUGAUCAUAGCAGACGACAUCGUGCUGCCAUUUGCAGAUGCUAUUCCAUGGGAGGAAAUAGGCGUGUUUGUAGCAGAGAAGGACGUCCCCUACUUGGACACUAUCCUCACAUCUAUCCCAGUUGAUGUGAUUCUACGGAAGCAGAGGCUACUUGCUAAUCCUUCCAUGAAACAGGCGAUGUUGUUCCCUCAGCCAGCACAAUCAGGGGAUGCUUUCCACCAAAUCUUAAACGGGCUGGCCCGGAAGCUGCCUCACGACAAGAGAAUAUACUUGAAGCCUGGGGAGAAGGUUUUGAACUGGACUGCAGGACCAGUUGGGGACCACAAGCCUUGGUGAAGAUGCGAUCGAGUUUCUUGCCCGCCCAGAAAGUAAUGGUCUGUCAAGUUCCUAAUUUUUGUUUAUGGUUUACUCUGUGUACGAUUGCUGGAGGAAUCGCUAAUUUUUGUGUAUAUUGAGUUGAAAAAUCUAACUUUUAAGAGGGUGGUAGAAUUUGGUGGGAUUCUUGAAUGAGAUCCAAUUCGUUGGAUCAUAAGAAGUGGGAUUUAUCCUAUUUGGAGGCAGGGCGUUUGCCUAAGCGUUCUCCCAAUAGCUCAGGAGUUCAUCUUAGAAAAUACUCCUAAGAAAUUUAUAACUUAGAUAAUCGUAAUUAGCAUAUUCUCAAUUAUUUUUUUUCUUUUGUAUUCAGGAUUACACUGUAAAUGGAAGUAAAAUAAAUAAAAUUUUGAAUAUUUCCAGCCGAAAA